CCUCCACUGAUCUGCAAGGAUAUCUUGUUUCGGAGGCUUUGACUGCUGCUUUGAGGAACACGCCUCCUGUGAAAGCUCCUGAUGUGCUUCAGAAGACCAUGCCACCUUCCCUGGAAACUGGCCUGGGACUGCCACACAUGGCUGUUGGCCACUUCCUAGGCUAUCCAGGACAUGCAAGCAGUGACAGCCUCCAGAGUGAUACCAACCUCAUGCAUAACUUAGAGCCACAUCCUUUGUUCAAGAGAGCAAGCAACUGGAAUAAAGUGAUCCCAAACCGGCCAGCCUUAGCCAAGAUUGUUGUUCUCGGUUCAGUGUGCAUCAUUCUCGCUCUGCUGAUUGGACUGGGCCUCUGGUGCUUCUAUUUCAUCCAGAUGAGGAAGAUCAGCGCAUUGACCUUUGGGGUUGGAGCCCUUGCUAAGAAGCUUCCAUUUCUUAAACAAGCCCAAGGGGCUCAGCCUUGGAGCUGGGGUGCAGGAAGCAAUGUGUGUGGAAGGGCAAUUGGGAAGAUCAAAAAGUUUGGCUCUGCAGCUUUCAAACACAGAAGGAAGAAAAAGAGAUCUUCAAGUGGAGAGAAAGAAGAGAGGCCACAUAAGAAAAGGAAGGUAAAUGUGGAAAAGAAAGACAAGCUGCCUAAAGAGAGUCAGGCAAAGGUGGAAAAGGAAAAACCACUUGAGGAAGGGAAGGAGAACAGGGAAGAGCAUCCUAAAGAAAGGAAGGCAAAGGUAAGAAAGAAGCAGAAACCAUGCAAGAAAAGGAAGGAAAAUAGAGAAGAGCUGCCUAAAGAGAGGAAGGUAAAGGUGGAAAAGAAGAAGAAACCACUUAAGAAAAAGAAGGAAAAAGGGGAAGAGCUGGCUACAGAGAACCCGCCUGAAGAAAGCAAGGAGAAGGUGGUAAAGACAGUAAGAGUAGCAAGGAAGCAAGGAAAACAAAAGAAAUUGGAAAAAAUGAAGAAGGCAAGGCCCAAGCAACCCAGAAAGAGGAAAUCCAGUCGGAGGAAACGGAGAUGAAUCACACUGGCAGUCAUGACAUUAAACUAAAUGGAAAACUGCGGGAAGGAAUACGCAGAAGGAAGGAUCUUAUAACCAAUCUUAUUAUUGCCCCGUUGCAUUGCAGACCAAGGCCGGCGCGUGAUCCAGUAGCAGCACUGGGUAGGCAGCAGGUGCCAAGCCUGAGUGUUUCUUCUUUCUCUUCUCCCUGGUGAUAUGUUGUGCUGCUGGGUAAGGCACAAAUGCCAUAAUAAACUGAGAAAGUAAAGGUAGAAAUAAUGAUUUCUUGUAUGUAUUGUAAUAAUAACAAGUGGUACUGA